AUGCUGGCGGAGCAGGAGAACCAGGAGAACGUGCCCCCGCCGGCGGCCGGCAAAGCCGCGGCGCCGCUGCCCGCCGCCGGCACCCGCGUGGCGCUGGGGCUGCUGCGGGGGGCGCAGCAGCGCGCCGGGAUCCCGCUGCAGGCGGCGCGGGGCGGCUGCGAGGGCCAUGGAGCGGCGGCGGGGCUGCAGCAACACCAACACCAGCCCUUCUCCAUCCAUGUGGACGAGCCCGACGGGGAGCGGGAGCCGCGGCGGCAGCGGGGCGUCCCGGCGGGGCGCAAGGAGGAGGCGGCGCUGGGGCUGCGUGCGGCCGUGUGUGCCCUGGGAGAGCGGCGGCCCCUGGCUCCCCUGGGCAACGCCAUGGAGCUGAGCUUCGAUUCUCCAAGUAUUAUGGAUAUUUCAAUAACCUCAGAAACAGAAGAGAAAGCACCAAACGUUAAUAAUGUGCCAGACUAUAUCAAUGAAAUCCAUUCAUACCUGAGGGAAAUGGAGGUGAAGUGCAAGCCCAAAAUAGGCUACAUGAAGAAGCAACCUGAUAUCACAAAUAACAUGCGGGCUAUUCUUGUGGACUGGCUGGUGGAAGUUGGAGAAGAAUACAAAUUACAGAACGAAACCCUGCACUUAGCUGUAAAUUACAUUGAUAGGUUUCUUUCAUCCAUGUCUGUUUUGAGAGGAAAACUUCAGCUUGUGGGUACUGCAGCUAUGCUGCUCGCAUCAAAGUUUGAAGAGAUCUACCCUCCUGAAGUAGCCGAGUUUGUCUACAUCACAGAUGACACCUACACCAAGAAGCAGGUCCUAAGGAUGGAGCACUUAAUUCUGAAGGUUUUGUCAUUUGACUUGGCAGCUCCAACAAUCAACCAGUUCCUCACCCAGUACUUUCUACAUCAGCAGACAGAUGCUAAAGUGGAGAGCCUGUCAAUGUACCUGGGAGAGCUGAGUCUAAUUGAUGCUGAUCCUUACCUGAAAUACUUGCCAUCAGUUAUUGCUGCUGCAGCAUUUCAUCUGGCAGAUUACACACUCACUGGACAAAGCUGGCCUGAAUCCCUGUGCAAAGUAACGGGCUACACCCUUGAAGACAUCAAGCCUUGCCUCAUAGACCUACACAACACCUACCUCAAAGCAGCCCAGCACACACAACAGUCCAUAAGGGAAAAGUACAAGAGUAGCAAGUACCAUGGAGUAUCUCUCAUUGACCCACCAGACACACUAAACUUAUUGUAGUAAUCAAGAGACUGAUCUUUUUAAGA